AUGGCUACCACAAACAAGCACCGGACCCGCAUAUCGCGGUAUUACAUCGAUACACGUCCUCUCGUCCCCGAGAAACCAAAACAACCAUAUUCACUGCCACUACUAGAGCAACUCACACAGUCAGACCAGGAAGCCGUGACACGAUUCCUCCGCCCCGCCGACAAAUUUAUGUCACUGGCAAGCGCCCUAUUGAAGUACACUUUCAUUCACCGACAGGCCAAAAUCCCAUGGUCGAAAGUGGUCAUCUCGCGCACACCGGCGCCGCAUCGGCGACCGUACUGGGCACCGCCAUCGGACUGGGACGACGAUGGCGCCAAUGCCGACGGCACCGGUACAGGCAAAGGCGGACUCGAAUUCAACGUCACGCACCAAGCAGGCGUCGUGGCGAUCAUCGGGUGCACGACGCCAACGGCACAGCUCCCGACAGUUCCCGCCCCGACCUCACCAUUACAAUCAACACCACUCUCCGCCAAACUCCACAACCUGCACCUCGACCUAACCGGACACGACACGACCUCGGACCUGGACCACUACCCGCCGCACCAAGUGCACGUGCGACUCGGCGUGGACAUCGCAUGCGCGGACGAAGACAAACGCACGCCGAAGGACAUGACGACGCAGGCCAAGUUCGACGAAUGGGUCGACAUCUUCGGCGAGAUGUUCUCGGAGCGCGAGCGCUGGAACAUGCGGCACGCGGUCGUGCACGUGCCGGUCGUGGAGCGUGACGAGGGCGUCUGGCCCAGCAGUGACGAGUCGUCCGCUUCUGAGGGCUUAGGAGGAAACGGCGAGGCGGCGAGGUUGAGGAGGGCGCGUGAGAACGAGGCCCGCAUCACGCAGUUGAAGUUACGUCGUUUUUACGCUUACUGGGCGCUCAAGGAGGCGUAUAUCAAGAUGGUGGGUGAGGGGUUGCUCGCGGAUUGGUUGAAGGAGCUGGAGUUUCUGGAUGUGGUGGCGCCGGUGCCGCCGUCGUCGGUGAUGGGGAGGCAUAGGAAGUCGGGCUCGAGGAGUCGCAGUCGCGGCACGAGUCAUCAUCGCGCGCCCAGUCACAGUCACAGUCACAGUCACAGUCAUCAUGGGCAUGGGCAUCAUCAUAGCUUGUCUACGGGACUCGGCAUUGAUCCGGCGGCCGAGGAGGCGGCGAAAUGGACAGAUCCUGCAAAGGCGGAGAAGGGGAUGGUGACGUCGCUGAGGGGCAGGAAGCUCGACGAUGUCGAUAUUGAGCUUGUCGCUUAUGAUGAGGACUUCUUGAUCGCAACCGCUACAAGGGGCGUGAUUGAGGUGUUUAAUGAUGAUGAAGAUGAUGAAAAAGAGAACGGAGUGCAGCAGGAGAUUGUGGAGAACGGAGUUAUAGACGCGCAACGGCAAGCGCCAUUGGGGAGGGCACAGCAGCGGAAAAGAUGGAUCAUGCUCGACAUCGAGAGAGACAUUCGACCUUGUGCUGAAGGGAGGUGUAGAUGUCUUGAAUGA